UCUAACAUGGCAGAUCAAUCUGUGUUGUAUUAUCAUGUGACGAAGAAGUACUUGUAACGUUUUAAUAUUAAAUAAAUAAUAGACAAUUUGUGUAAUAAUAAACGUGAGUUUUAACAGUGUAUAUUGUUAUAUUAAAAUCGGCUUGUUUAUGACAAUGGCGGACAUUAAAAGUCCACCGUUUAGUGAUAUCAAAAGACCGGAGGAGGUAGUGGCGAUGGCGAUGAACGACAGCCUAAAAUUCGCCGUGUUGAUUGGGCUUAUCGAAGUUGGACAGGUGUCUAAUCGUGAAGUCGUCAACACCGUAUUACAUCUGCUUGUCGGAGGUGAAUUUGAUAUGGAACUAAAUUUUGUCAUUCAAGAUGCUCAAAAUAUCAGACAUAUGUUGGAAUUAUUAGACCACUGUCCACCAAAUCUCCAGGCGGAAAUAUGGAGUGUCUUCAUUGCGAUACUGAGAAAAAGCGUGAGAAAUUUACAGGCAUGCACAGAUGUCAGUCUUAUAGAGCACGUUCUCCAUCGUUUAUCUCGUGCAGAAACAGUUGUUGCAGAUUUAUUGAUCGAUAUGCUCGGCGUGCUUGCAAGCUACAGUAUAACUGUUAAAGAAUUGAAGCUGCUGUUCGGCGCAAUGAAAGCAGUCAAAGGAAAAUGGCCAAGACAUUCAGCUAAAUUGCUAAACGUACUUCGCCAGAUGCCACAGCGUAAUGGACCAGAUGUAUUUUUCAGUUUUCCCGGUAGAAAAGGAUCUGCUAUUGUGUUACCGCCGAUGGCGAGGUGGCCGCAUGAAAGUGGUUUCACAUUUACCACGUGGUUUCGACUCGACCCUAUAAACUCUGUCAAUAUCGAGAGAGAAAAGCCUUACCUUUACUGCUUUAAAACCAGUAAAGGAGUUGGUUAUUCAGCCCAUUUCGUUGGUAAUUGUUUGGUGCUUACUUCAAUGAAAGUUAAAGGCAAGGGCUUCCAACAUUGUGUCAAAUAUGAAUUUCAACCGAGAAAAUGGUAUAUGAUUGCGAUAGUGUAUAUAUACAAUAGAUGGACAAAAAGCGAAAUAAAAUGUCUAGUGAACGGCCAAUUGGCUUCAAGUACCGAAAUGGCUUGGUUUGUUUCAACGAAUGACCCAUUUGAUAAAUGUUACAUCGGAGCAACACCAGAAGUAGAUGAAGAGCGCGUAUUUUGUGGUCAAAUGAGCGCCAUCUAUUUAUUCAGCGAAGCCCUUACGACACAUCAAAUUUGUGCGAUGCACAGAUUAGGGCCUGGAUAUAAAAGUCAAUUCCGGUUUGACAACGAGUGCUACCUGAAUCUACCCGACAAUCACAAAAGGGUGAGUGAUGAGCUGGAUAAUUCGAGCAUGGUCGACCAAAGUAUGCAAACUGUACUGUACGACGGCAAGCUGUCCAAUGCAAUUGUGUUCAUGUACAAUCCAGUGGCGACAGACUCUCAAUUAUGUUUACAAAGCGCACCAAAGGGUAAUGUCUCGUACUUUGUUCACACUCCACAUGCGCUCAUGUUACAGGAUGUCAAAGCGGUUAUAACGCAUUCCAUACACAGUACAUUAAAUUCCAUCGGUGGAAUCCAAGUAUUAUUCCCAUUAUUUUCACAAUUGGAUAUGUCCUAUGACUGUAUAGCACCCAAUGACAUCAAACGCGACCCAAUGUUAUGUUCGAAAUUGCUAGGAUUUAUUUGCGAUUUGGUUGAAACUUCGCAAACAGUUCAGCAGCAUAUGGUACAAAACCGUGGAUUUUUAGUUAUCAGUUUUAUGUUGCAACGUGCGAGUCGUGAGCAUCUUACGACAGAAGUUCUUGCGUCAUUUUUAGAGCUCACUAAACAUCUGGUCACAUGUCUCAGUGCUAAUAGUGAUUUAUUAUUGAAACAGAUGUUUUACUUUUCAUUCCUGACAUGGCAGCUACUGGACCACGUGCUGUUCAAUCCCGCGCUGUGGAUCUACACACCCGCGCCCGUGCAGACGCGACUAUACUCUUAUUUGGCGACAGAGUUUCUCAGCGACACCCAGAUAUACUCUAACGUACGUCGCGUCUCCACCGUUCUACAGACUGUCCACACUCUCAAGUAUUAUUACUGGGUCGCUAAUCCACGUGCCAAGAGUGGAAUUACUCCCAAAGGUUUAGAUGGACCACGUCCUCAGCAAAAAGACAUCUUGACAAUUCGAUCAUGCAUUUUACUAUUCCUAAAGCAACUAAUAAUGAUCGGCAACGGCGUAAAAGACGACGAGCUCCAGUCAAUCCUAAACUACCUAACAACCAUGCACGAGGACGAAAACCUCCAUGACGUUCUCCAGAUGCUAAUAUCCCUAACAUCCGAGCAUCCAUCUUCAAUGGUCCCCGCGUUCGACUCAAAGCAAGGAGUUCGUACAAUUUUUAAACUUCUAGCCGCUGAGAGCCAACUGAUUCGUCUCCAAGCUCUGAAACUUCUCGGAUUUUUCCUUUCUCGCAGUACUCACAAGCGCAAAUACGACGUAAUGAGUCCCCACAAUCUCUACACUCUUCUUUCCGAGCGAUUAUUACUGAACGAAGAAACUCUGCUUCUGCCAACGUACAACGUUCUCUACGAAAUAAUGACCGAGCACAUAAGCCAGCAUAUUUUGUACACUCGUCACCCCGAGCCCGAGUCUCACUACCGCCUAGAGAACCCAAUGAUUUUAAAAGUUGUCGCGACUCUAAUCCGCCAGUCAAAGCAAACAGAGCAAUUGCUCGAGGUCAAAAAAUUAUUUCUAUCAGACAUGACUUUACUUUGCAAUAACAACCGCGAAAACCGUCGCACUGUCUUACAAAUGUCUGUUUGGCAAGAAUGGUUGAUAGCAAUGGCAUAUAUUCACCCCAAAAAUACCGAGGAACAAAAAAUAUCAGACAUGGUCUACUCAUUGUUCCGCAUGCUGCUACACCAUGCAAUAAAACAUGAAUAUGGCGGGUGGCGAGUCUGGGUUGACACUUUAGCUAUCGUACAUUCAAAGGUAUCGUAUGAGGAAUUCAAAUUACAAUUUGCCCAAAUGUAUGAACACUAUGAAAGACAGAGAUCGGACAAUAUCACCGAUCCAGAAGUUAGACAACAGAGACCUAUCAGUACUAUUUCUGGAUGGGAACAACAACUUCCGGCGAGCAAUGGAAGCAUUAAUGGUAAUGGCGCGAUUGAUAAUGGAAGUGAUGGCGGGUAUAGAAAUUGGAAUGAAGAUCAUGCUAUUGACAGAAAUUACAAAGAGUAUGACGCUAUUGAAGGUAAUGAAGUUGAGUCCAAUGAACGGAUGGAAGAAACUUGUAGCUGUGAUUUAAACUCGAUUGAUAAUACUGAAGAAAGUGAUGGAAGUCCGUCAAUUGUCAUCAAGUCGCGGGAUGUUGUUUCGUUGGAUUCGAGGUUAAGUGAAAUUGAAAAAACUGAGAGCUGUGGUAUUGAUAAUAAUGGCGAUGGUAAUUACGCUGAUGAUGAUUGUCCUCGUGAGUUGGUCAGUGAAGAUGAAAAGGCGGAGAAAGAAGGGGGUGAAGAGGGAAAAGAUUGCGAGGAAGUUGAAGUUGAAGUUGAAGAGGUUAAAGAGAGUGAUAAUUUUGAGGUUAAAAUUGUUGAGGUUAUUGAUGAUAAAGAAGAAAAAGAGGAAAAUAGUGUAGAAAAGAAUGAUGAAGAGGAAGUUAAAGAAGAAGAAGAAAAUGUUAAAGAAGAAGUUGAAGAGAAAAGUAAAGAAGAAGUUAAGGAGGAAAUUAAGGAAGAGGUUAAAGAGGAAAUUAAAGAAGAGGUCAAAGAAGAAAUAAAAGAGGAAGGAAAUGAAGAAGUGAAAGAAAAAGUAGAAGCAGUUAAAGAAGAAAUAGAAAAAGUUGAAGAAUUAAAUAAUAAAAUAAUUGAAGAUAAUAAAGAAGACAAUCAAACAGAUGUAAUUGAUAAUAAAAAUAAUGAUAAUGAAAUUGUAAAAGAAAUAAUUAAAGAGAAGAUUGAAGAGAAUUUAGAAGAAAAAAAAGAAAUUAAUGAAGUAGAUGUAAUUAAUGUAGUAAAAGAUGUUGAUGUAGAAAAGAUUGAGGCUAAAGAGCUGGAAUCAAAUGACGUGGCAUUAAAAGUAGAAAAUAAAGAAGAAGAAAAAGAAGAAGAAGAAGAAGAAGAGAAAAAUAAAUCAAGUGAUUUGAAAGAGAGUAAUGAAGUAGUGGAGGCUCCGGUAAUUGACAAAGUUAAUGGGGAUGUUAGUAAUGAAGAAGAAAAUAAAGAUGAAGAAAAAACUGAAGAAGAUACUAAAGGUGAAGUUAAUGAUGUCGAAAGUAAAGAAGAUAAGGAUGAAAAAGUGGAGGAGGCGAGUAAAGACGAGGAAAAAACGGUGAUAAAAGAAAUAGAAAAUAAUGAAGAUGUAUUGAAAGAUAACGAAGAUAUAGUAAAUGAUAAAAAUAAUGGUGACAAGACUGAUAAAGUCGAUGAUACGGAUACUUUAGAUACUAAAAGUAUCAAUUGCUCAACUAGCGUAAUUAAAAGCACUGACGAUUGUACGAGUGUUGAAAUAAAUGACGAUAAUGAUAAUGAUAAAUUAGCAGAUGAUUUAAUAAAUGGCGAUUGUGCUGCUGAUAAAAUUAUUGAUGAAGAAAAGGAAGAGGUUAAAAAAGAAAAGCUGGUGGAAAAAAAGGAAGAGGUGGAAGAAGAAAAGGAGGUGGAAGAAAUAAAAGAGAAAGAAGAGACGAGUAAGGAAGACCAUUCAAGCGAACCGUCCAAUAUUUCUACUAGUAUAAUAAGUGAUACAAUCGUACCAGUGACAGACGAUGUAGAAAUAAAUGAUAGUAAUAAUAUUAAAAAUAUAAAUACGAAUACUGUUACAGUAGUCGAUGAUAAUAUGCAAGUGCCAAAUACCACAAAGACACAAACACAACAACCAAUACCAACAAUAUCAACGGUCUGUGAUGCAACUAAAAGUUUAUCCGAUGGUGUGCCUCAAGUUAAUUCUAAUGUGCUCGCAAUGGACAAUCCACUCGACCCAAGUGUCAGUGAUAUACAACUAAAUACUAUCUCUGGUUCCACUGUUCCUGGUCCCGCUGCUGCUGUUGAUCAUGAUCACGAGCAUGUUGAUCCACAUCGCAGGUCUAGUCUGCCAAUAGUAUCAGCAUCCGAAGCUGAUGUAGACGAUCCAAGUGGCAGUGCUGGUGUCGGUCCUAGUGCUGCCAGUGCUGAUGAAACAGUUGUUGUUAACGGUGAUAAUAAACGAACGGUUAUUAUUACUAAUAAGAAAAUAUCUUCGCCACAAAAAAGACCACGCAGUGCCUCAACAUCCACUCAAGUAGAUCCCAAUCACUUUGAAUCUAAAAGAGCGAAACAAGGAAAUGGAACAAAUAGACCGAUGUUUAGUCCAGGACCAAGUCGACCACCAUUUAGGAUACCUGAAUUCAAAUGGUCUUAUAUACAUCAAAGAUUAUUAUCUGAUGUUUUGUUUUCACUGGAAACAGAUAUUCAAGUUUGGCGAAGUCAUUCAACAAAAUCAGUCCUGGACUUUGUGAAUAGCAGUGAAAAUGCUAUUUUUGUCGUCAAUACCGUUCAUUUAAUUUCACAACUGGCGGACAAUUUAAUAAUCGCCUGCGGUGGUCUAUUGCCAUUAUUGGCAUCUGCAACGUCACCGAAUAGUGAACUUGAUGUAAUUGAACCAACUCAGGGUAUGCCAAUCGAAGUCGCAGUAUCAUUUCUUCAAAGGCUAGUAAAUAUGGCCGACGUCCUGAUAUUCGCUAGUUCUCUUAACUUCGGCGAACUUGAAGCCGAAAAAAAUAUGUCCAGUGGAGGAAUUUUACGGCAGUGUCUGCGCCUGGUCUGUACUUGUGCUGUUAGAAACUGCUUAGAGUGUAAAGAACGUGGCAGAACUUACAGCAUGUUAGGUCGUCAAAUCGGUACUAGUAAUAAAUCACAGCACAUACAAUCUCUUAUACGCGGAGCACAAACAUCACCAAAGAAUAUUGUAGAUAAUUUAACGAAUCAAUUGAGCCCAGUUAAAGAUCCUGAAAAAUUAUUACAAGAUAUGGAUGUCAAUCGUCUGAGAGCUGUUAUUUACAGAGAUGUUGAAGAAACUAAACAGGCACAGUUUCUGUCUCUGGCAAUAGUUUACUUCAUCUCUGUACUAAUGGUAUCUAAAUAUCGUGACAUUCUCGAGCCACCAAUUUCCCAACGACCGCCGAGUCCCGUUCAAACAAUCCAGACCAACGGUGCUAAUAUACGACCAGCGAGUCCUACAGAGAGUGGAGGAAUUAUGAGUCAAUCGGGUUCGCAAGAUGAUGGUGAAUAUGAAGUUAUAAUUGUUGAUGAAAAUAAUUCGAGUAUACUCGCUGAUCAUGAUGUAACAUCAUCUGGACCACCUUCAACGAAGGGAGGACACAGUGGUGUACCUCGAUCACAACCUAUUCUUGAGGAUUACAACACCACAUCUGAACCGUCUAUUGGUUCUUCAAAACGUACAGAAGUCCCAAGAUUAACAACUAAGAGUAAUGAUUCAAUUGAAGAAGCAAUGCAUCGUAGUAAUUUAACAGCUGACCCGAGUCCAUCAGAUAUUACGACAGACAACGAAAACAAACAUAAUUCAUCGGAGGAAGCUUGGACGGACGUUAAUCUCAAUGAAGAUACUGAUACUGUACAAAUUAAUAACGCACGUGAUGACCCACGAAAUAUACAUAAUAUCGCACAUUCUCAUGGUAACCAAGAUAAUGAAGGAAAUGUAUUGGAACAAGAGUCACUUGGAGAUACAGAACGCGGGGAAAAACCAACGGGAGAAAUAUCUGUUGUAAGAAUACCCGAUCGGUUGGUAAUGACAUCAGCAUCUCCGCGUCCGGACGAUUUACCGAUAAAGAGUCUGGUGGAACAUUUGCCCGUGCCAACGCCGUCACGCGAAGCGUCGCUGACACAAAAACUUGAGAUGGCCCUCGGCUCUGUCUGUCCACUACUCCGUGAAAUAAUGGUCGACUUUGCUCCUUUUUUAUCUAAAACUCUUGUCGGUUCACACGGCCAGGAAUUACUUAUGGAAGGCAAAGGGUUAACGACAUUUAAAAAUAGUAAUUCUGUCGUCGAACUUGUCAUGCUGCUGUGCUCUCAAGAAUGGCAAAAUUCACUGCAAAAACACGCUGGACUAGCUUUCAUUGAAUUGAUCAACGAAGGAAGAUUACUGUCACAUGCAAUGAAAGAUCACAUUGUCAGAGUAGCCAAUGAAGCUGAAUUUAUUCUUAAUCGUAUGCGUGCUGAUGACGUUCUCAAGCAUGCUGAUUUUGAGUCACAAUGUGCCCAGACACUUUUAGAUCGUAGAGAAGAAGAAAGAAUGUGCGAUCACUUGAUAACCGCAGCACGAAGGCGUGACAAUGUCAUUGCAAGCCGUCUAUUAGAAAAAAUACGUAAUAUACUAUCAAACAAACACGGCGCAUGGGGUUACAUGGAUCCAAUGGCUGCUAAACUAACAGAGUAUUGGAAACUGGAUGCCUGGGAGGACGAUGCAAGGCGACGUAAACGUUUUGUACACAACCCUCUGGGUUCGAGUCAUCCCGAAGCAACAUUGAAAGCCGCUUUGGAACACGGCGCACCAGAAGACGCGAUUCUCCAAGCACGCGAAGAAUUUCACGCUCAUCUCGCAGCUUCGCGUGCACAUCAGCAGCAGCUACAGUCCGCGGAUCUUAUGGAUGACAGUGAAUUGCUGUCUGACGAUAGGGAUCUUGACAGUGAUUUGACAGGGCCAAUAAACAUUAGUACAAAAGGAAAAAUAAUAGCUCCCGGUAUCGUGGCGCCGGGUAUUAUUUCAAUAACGUCAACGGAGCUGUAUUUUGAGGUGGACGAGGAGGAUAUUGAAUUCAAAAAAAUCGACAGUGAGGUACUGAAGUACUGCGAUCAUCUACAUGGCAAGUGGUACUUUUCCGAAGUACGCGCAAUAUUUUCGCGUCGUUAUCUUUUGCAAAAUGUUGCAAUUGAAAUUUUCCUUGCAAGUCGAACCUCAAUUCUAUUCGCGUUCCCGGAUCAAAUGACAGUGAAAAAGGUGAUCAAAGCGCUACCACGUGUUGGAGUAGGCAUCAAAUAUGGAAUUCCACAGACUAGGAGGGCUUCUAUGAUGUCACCGCGACAACUUAUGAGGAAUUCAAAUAUGACGCAAAAAUGGCAACGAAGAGAAAUUUCUAAUUUUGAAUACUUAAUGUUCCUUAAUACUAUUGCUGGUCGCACCUACAAUGACUUAAAUCAGUAUCCAGUAUUUCCAUGGGUACUUACUAAUUAUGAAACUAAAGAACUUGACUUAAGUUUACCUAGUAACUAUCGUGAUUUAUCAAAGCCAAUUGGAGCACUUAAUCCCAGUCGAAGAGCUUACUUCGAAGAACGUUUCCAAAGUUGGGAUAACGACAGCAUUCCACCGUUUCAUUACGGCACUCAUUACUCCACAGCAGCUUUCGUCCUUAAUUGGCUUAUCCGCGUGGAACCAAUGACGACAAUGUUUUUGGCACUACAAGGUGGUAAAUUUGAUCAUCCAAACAGACUUUUUUCAUCAAUUGCUCUCUCAUGGAAAAAUUGUCAGCGUGAUACAUCUGAUGUUAAGGAAUUAAUCCCAGAAUUUUUCUUCCUACCGGAAAUGCUUGUAAACAGUAAUCGUUAUCGUCUAGGCAGACAAGAAGACGGUAGUUCUGUUGGUGAUGUUGAAUUACCACCAUGGGCAUCAUCGCCUGAAGAAUUUAUUCGCAUUAACCGAAUGGCAUUAGAAUCAGAAUUUGUAUCGUGUCAACUUCAUCAAUGGAUCGAUUUAAUCUUCGGUUACAAACAAAGAGGUCCAGAAGCUGUCAGAGCGACCAAUGUGUUUUAUUAUUUAACUUACGAAGGAAGCGUUGAUUUAGAAUCAAUAGGUGAUCCGGUUAUCAGAGAGGCCAUUGAAAAUCAAAUAAGAAAUUUUGGACAGACACCAUCACAGUUAUUGAUGGAACCACAUCCACCACGAAGUUCUGCCAUGCAUUUAUCACCAAUGAUGUUUUCAAGUAUACCAGAUGAUGUUUGUAUGACCAUUAAAUUUCCAUCAAAUUCACCAAUUUGUCAUAUAUCUGCAAAUACGUAUCCGCAAUUACCACUGCCAUCAGUUGUUACUGUCACAACUGGACAACAAUUUGCAGUUAAUCGUUGGAAUACUAAUUACGCUGCAUCAGUACAAUCACCAAGCUACGCUGAUACCCCACAAGCGCAAGCUAUUAAUCAACCAUUGUCAAUGGAUCCUGUUUUAUCGCAAACGUCAAACAGUUCCAACCCAGCAUUGAAACGUCAUUUGGGUGACAAUUUUAGUCAGAAACUUAAAAUAAGGAGCAACUGUUUUGUUACAACUGUGGACAGCAGAUUUUUAGUAGCAUGUGGCUUCUGGGACAACAGUUUUCGCGUAUUUUCAACAGAAACUGCGAAAAUUGUUCAAAUAGUAUUCGGUCAUUAUGGAGUGGUGACAUGUUUAUCUCGAAGUGAGUGUAAUAUUACGUCUGAUUGUUACAUUGCGUCAGGUAGUGCUGAUUGUACAGUACUCUUAUGGCAUUGGAAUGCUCGUACGCAGACAAUUGUCGGUGAAAGUGAAGCACCGGCACCACGGGCUACUCUUACUGGUCAUGAACAGCCGGUUACUGCUGUUGUUAUUUCAGCAGAACUUGGUCUUGUUGUAUCUGGUUCAUACUAUGGACCGGUACUUGUGCAUACGACAUUUGGUGAUUUGUUGAGAUCACUUGAAGCACCGAGUGGUUUUAUAUCACCAGAAAAUAUCGCGAUGUCUCGUGAGGGUGUAAUUGUUGUCAAUUAUGAACGCGGUCAUAUUGCCGCCUUUACUAUCAAUGGGAAAAGAUUACGUCACGAGUCACACAAUGACAAUCUUCAAUGUUUACUACUGAGUAGAGACGGAGAAUAUUUGAUGACUGGUGGUGACAAAGGCAUCGUUGAAGUAUGGAGAACAUUUAAUUUAGCUUUGCUAUAUGCGUUUCCAACUUGCGAGGGCAGUGUACGGUCUCUUGCACUCUCUCAUGAUCAAAAGUUUCUACUAGCGGGUUUAGCAAAUGGUUCAAUAGUAAUUUUCCACAUUGACUUCAACCGUUGGCAUCACGAAUUUCAACAGCGUUACUGAAAUUACGGUUGCCUUUUCGUCCGUUACUAAAUAAAAUAAAAAAAAAACUACAGAAUGAAAAUGAAUAACCGGACGAAAAUAUUUGGCAAGUUUAAAAAAAUAACAAAAAAAAGUAGCCGAAAAAUUUUAGGGUAAGUAGGAAAAAUUGUACUUAAUUUAAAAAAAUUAUUAUUUUCUUUUUUUUUAAACUUAAAUCACAAAAGUGGUAUCGGUUAAAGUACUUAGUAAUUACAAUAAUAAAUAAAAAUUAGUUAAUUAGUCUUAUAAAAAAAUGAAGCAUUUAAAAUGAAAAAAAUAAAAUUUGAAAAUAAAUAUUUUUAUUUUAAAAUAAUUAAAAUGAAAUAACGAAACAUUUCGUCCGAUUAGUAAAAAGCAUUUGCUACAAAAGCUUGAUAAAAAGUAAAUAAAUGAUAAAAAUUAUUUACAAGCUGAUAACGGUAGCACAGCUAGUCAAUUAUAAAUAAAUAAAUAAUGUGCAAUGAUUUUAAAAUAAACUAUCAAAUGAUAAAUAACAAAAAAAUGCCAAACGGUGCGUGACUUAUUUUUGUGCACUUACGUACGUGGAUUACGUUAGGAUUUAAUCAUGUAAAUAUAAUAAUCUCAAUGUUAUUAUAUAUAAUAAAUAAAUUUAAGUAUGUGUGCUAAAAAAAAUGUUAUUGCUGUUUAAAUAAAAAAAAAUCAAUUUCGCGGCUUAAUUAAAAAUUUCCACGUACGAUUAUCGCACGCAGUCGUUAUUAAUUGCAAGGAGGAUUUUUAAACAUUAAAAUUUUUUUUAUCACCGCCAUUCCGAUAUCACAUCUUUUUUUUCAUUGUUGUUAUUAUAUAUUUUUAUUAUUGAUAUUAUUGUUACUAUUAUUUUUUAUUGUUUAUUUUUAUUUUUAUCAAAGCCGUCCAGCUUAUAACGUGAAUAAAUAUUUCCUAUUAAUAUUUUUCGCAUACAAAGUAUACUUAAAACCAAAAUAAAUAUAUAAUUACUUAAUAAAUAAAGAUAAUGCA